UUUUUGCAGAGCGCCAGAAAAGAAGCCUUAGCGGGUGUUACAAGUUCUGAUCAGGACUGUCAUAUUCAGUACUAUGAAGUUAGGAGCUAACUCGGUCUCUCUUGCGUGUUUUUGUGUUAUAAUUGAAGAAAGGGGAUAUUUUAUUUAUAAAGGGAUAGAAUAUAUUUUUUAAACUAAUGCUUUUUUUGCUGAAAAGGUGAAAUAUAAAAUCCCUGCUCAAAAGCAAAACUUUGGAAUCAUUUAUUGGAUUGAAACACAGGGUAAAUGGAAGGGACUGGAUGUUUAGCACUGAAAGAUCUCACCAGCCCAAGGAAGACGAGAACAGACCUGGUGGAAGAAGCUGACAGUAAUAACGACCAAAAGGAGAACAUAUUUGUUGACCGCACAAAGGUGAACCCAAAGACCCCGCUGAAAAAUGACUUGACGCCAACAGCACCGCCCAAACAGAAAGGCUGCAGCACCCUAGAAACAAUUCACAACACCCCCAUCAAGCAUGUCGACAGACCCCAGGCAGAUCCAUGGACCCCUACUGCUAACCUGAAGAUGCUGAUCAGUGCUGCGAGCCCUGAUAUUCGGAACAGGGACAUGAAAAAGGGCCUCUUUCGUCCCAUUGAAAAUGAAGAGAGGGAGGAGACUUCAAGUGACACUACCCAGUUUGAUGCGAUGGAGGACUGUGCCACAGAUGAGUUUGAAAAACAACGGCCUAACAGGAAAUUGAAAAGUCUGGGACUUCUCUGCCAAAAGUUUCUUGCUCUCUAUCCUGACUACCCGCUGUCUAUGGAGAAGACUCGCAUUUCUUUAGAUGAGGUGGCAACUAAUUUGGGUGUGGAACGCAGACGGAUCUACGACAUUGUGAACGUCCUGGAGUCCCUGCUGCUGGUGUCCCGGGUAGCUAAGAACCAGUACUGCUGGCAUGGGCGGCACAAGCUGUGCCAGACACUGGAGGGGCUGCAGAGCAUGGGCCAGCAGCAGCGCUACGAGGAGCAGAUGGCACAGCUCCGGGAGAAGGACUGCAAGCCACCCGAGCUCAGGAGGAAAGAGGGCCUCCCAGAACCGCAGGAAGGACAGAUUGACCACAUGGACACUGAGUCAGACAUGACCUCAGGAUCAGCCAGCAAGAGGAAAGACAAGUCCUUACGUAUCAUGAGCCAGAAGUUCGUCAUGCUGUUCCUUGUGUCCAAAACCAAGAUUGUUUCUCUGGACAUUGCUGCUAAAAUCCUGAUCGAUGAGAGCCAAGAUGCUGCUGACCACAGCAAGUUCAAAACAAAGGUGCGUCGAUUGUAUGACAUUGCUAACGUCCUGACAAGCUUGGAGCUCAUCAAGAAGAUUCACGUCACGGAAGAAAGAGGCCGUAAGCCUGCUUUCAAAUGGAUCGGGCCUGUCGAUUUUAAACACUCCAGUGAAGCCUCUCAGGCUGCAGCCGCUGUAGAGCACGUGUCCGUCGUCCUGAAAGAACCGCUGGCUCCCAGACCUCAGCUGGUGGUGAGCGGGAAACAGAGACUGACACGCCACGCUUCCUUCAGUAUGCUGCCCGCCUCCGCUGCUGACCAGAGAAGGAUCAGCUCGGCGCCAAGCAGCCCACAGAGACACAGGAAAGGUAACGAUGGACACUGUGUGCUGCCCACAUUUUACCCAAACGCUGUCAAGGGAGGCCCGUCGGCUCCCUCUGAAUCCCAGACAGAAGACAGCCACUCCAGCUCUUCCCAGAAGCAGCCUCCUCUCGUUUACCUCCAGAGCCUGCCCCACCCUUCUGUCCUCAUGGUGUACGGGAGCAGCCUCGCAGACAGGGGGGGUGCAGCGCAGAGGAGCAGCGAAGCUCACAGCUCACCCACUGCCAUCAGCCGGGAGACGUCAGCCCUCGGGAAACGCAGCGUGGCCAAGAGUGGGCUUUCCAAAGAAGAGGAACAGACGGCUAAAAGAGACAGAACAGCUUUCAGGGACAUAGUGUCUUCGCACGAGAAUUGCAUCCGAGAGAAGAAUGAGCAGGAGACCUCCUUCCAGAACGGCAGUGUUGUGUCGCCGGCUCUUAUCCUGACCCAGCCCCCGAAGGGGUCUCUGAACAAGGAUCAGGCCAAUCAGACGAGAGGAUGCCCAGAAACUCCCUUCAGAGAGGGCGAGCCCGGCAGGCACAGCCCCGAGCAGCUGGCCCCCCUGUCACACUACCUGUACGUGCCCUCCUCUGCAGGUCUGAGCGGACUGGACUUCUUUCUCGCUGCUGGCCACAGUCCCAGCAGCCUGUCUCUCUCCCCCAGUCGCCUGGCUUCUCUCGCUCUUCAGUAUGUUGUGCUGCCAUCCUCAGCCCUCUCCUCCUUCCCUCUCAUUGCUCCCGGCCUGUCCGGAACCAACGGCUCCGUCAACUUGCGCUUGCCUGGCGGGGUAAACCCCACACACUUCCUGAUCGCCCCAGGGGCUGUGCCCUGCCCCAGGACCCCCGAGUGCUCCUCCAGUCCCAACGGUCUGGCCCCCUCGCCUGGACACUUGAGUCCUGAGCAAGAAAGGCUCCCCAAAGCUAUGAAACCUGAAUCUCCAGUCGGUGUGGGACACCCGCUCACCGUCCUCACACUGCAGCAACAGCCACAGACCCCGCUGACCCCUAAAGAAGUCCGGGCGCCCCAUUCUAAGACCUUCUUCCAGACUCCCUGCACUCUGGGCUCAGCAGCUUCCUCCAGCCUGCGGAAACAGGGCAUGAGAGCACAGAACAGGACUGGCAGCUCCGCUCAGAGGAGGCUGGAAAUCAGCAACAACGUAUCCAACUGAACUUCCCUCAUCUCAACCUACAGUUCAGACUUCCUGGGGCUGGAGAUCUCAUCACACACCCUGCUGUGCUGUAGCUCCCUCUUUUUUGGGCAUGGGGCUGCCAUCCACUGGCGGGUUUACCAGACACUAGCAGUGAAGCCAAUGAAUCGUCGCAGGGGGUGUCACAACAGUAAUGGCAGUCAGCUUGCCAACUUGAAGUCUUGAUGGUGAAAGACACUAGGGAAUGGAGCACAAUUCGCAACUGCAGCCAACAACCUUGUGAGUACAGGUGUUGGACCAGAGUUUCAAAGCAUUAAACAGCUCUUCAAUUUGAUUAUUAUUAGUAGUAGUAGUAGUAGUAGUAGUAGUCGUAGUAGUACACAAACAAAAAUGUACAAACCCUCAGAAGAGGUUUUAAAUACCGAUACAUUUCUAAUAUGAUUUGUUUUUAAAGCCAGUGGUUGAAAUUCUAUUUUGUAGCAAGAUCAGUCCUGCCUUGCGUACUAGCAGGUCUGCCCCCUUGUGGUGUCUCUGGCUAAUGUGGUUUUACACUUGUGCAAGCCUGUUGUAUUUUUGUGGUGUGUCGUAUUUAUAAAUCGAUAUAUAUACCGGUAUGGAUAUAUGUGAUAUGGACAGGGAAACUAAACAUGAACUGAAGUAUUUAGAUAACGUGGAAAUAAGUUAUUCUUUCAGCAGCACUGUGUUUGAAUUUGAAUGUGUGUGCCUGGAAAUAUAUGCAGUAUUUUUGUAUGUUCAGUGUCUUAUCUAUUAUAAAGAUAUCAUCAGGAAGGAUUGCAUGGAAAGUCUACAAGCAGUCCAAUAGUUUACUGAGCCAGCGCUGUCAAACUGGGCUAUUGUGCAUCAUUAUUAAUAAAAGCUAUGUGAACUCAUAUCUGGAGGAAAAAAAAUCUCAUUAUGUAGGCUGUGAUUGUCUGGUGCUUCAGGCAGAUUGUUGCUUGUUGGUGCCCCCCUGUUAUCAGUAAUUAGUCCUACCCUAAGCCAAGUCUGCUACACUUCAUUUGUAACACUUGCAGCAUGUAGUGUUGUAUUUACUAAUUUAAGCAGUGCCUUAAGAUAGAAGUAGGAAAAUGACAUGUAUGUAUAGUUAUGAAUUUAUUAAUUUUAGUGUGUGUCUGUGUGGUACCACAAAAAUACAACUAAGACAUUGAGAAUGUGAAUUAAAGAAAUUAUGUUUAGUUUUCUUUUUUUGUUAAAUAUUAAAGUGAGGAAUUUGAGAAACAAACAAGAAAAUGGUUGCAUGUUACUUUACUAAAAUCCCCACGUAAUGGCGUUGAAACACUUGUCCUGCAACCAGAUGGCUGGAUAAAGACCAAAGUGUGCCAAGGUACUAUAGGGAAAGAGGCACGCUGACAUUGUUGCACAAUCCUUGGGUGCUUUUUUUUGUACUUGAAUACUUUAAUUGGUUACAUACCCAGUGGAGGUGUGGAUCUGCUUCAGAUAUCUGUGUACUGUAUUGUAUAAAACUCUUCUGUGUUAUAAUAUGCAUUAUAGUUGGUAGAGUUUUUCUUAAAAAUAUUUCAGGAAGAACUGCCAUUGCAGUUCUACGUUUGCACUGAAAAAAUGUGCAGAUCGUGACCUCACUUGUUUGAACAAGUGGUGGGUAGGUAUAGUUUUGUAUCCCAUGUUUUUAUAUUUGUUAUAUUGUAUGAAAAGAAUUGUUCCCUAUGAACGGUGCUAUUCUUCAACGCUGGAUGUUAAUGCAAUGCUGCUUCUAAUUACCUGAUUGCACUGCUAGUUGCAAUAGUUUACUCUGCUGUUUAUUAUUAUUGCUGCUUUUUUAGCCUCUUUUCUAUUCGGUUACGACCUGAACUGUUCUCUUUAGCUAUGCUCUUUGUCUACCUGUUCGGAACUUGCUGGUUCUUUAUUAUGUAAAGAA